AUGGCUGUCCACAAACUUUUGCAACAGGGUGUAUACGUAUUUAAGAAAACACAACAAUCAUUUAUGCAUACAGCUGAAAUGUAUACGAAACUACUGAGUCUGGAUUUACAGACCACUGACCUGAAGAUUAUUGUCAACAACUACAACUCAAGGGAAAAGAAAAUGAAGCUUGGAGCAUUUCUAAUUGAAAACAAGGACAAAAUAUGUGAAAUCUUCAAAUGGACUAAUUCGCAUGAAAUACGGAUUUUAGUCUUGAAAAUAAUAUGCAAGACACUUUCAAAGAAGCAGAUUACGCAGACAUCCUUCUUCAGGGCAAUGACGAAGAAGGCAAUUGAAAUGGGCUUUCCUGGAUUCCUGAUUCAUUUCAACUUUCUUUUCAACCACAAAAUCACCUGUGCACAGUUUACACAGUUGAUUUGUGUAGAGAAAAAUGUAGACCUUACAAAAGGUGCAGUAUUCAUGGAUACAGAUUCCAUGAAAUUCUAUGCUGGCAAUAACACGGUGAUUCUUUACAAUUCAUCAAUUAUUGAAAUUGCUGUUUCAAAGAAAUCACUUGAAAUACUGGCAAAGGCAGACAAAACAGUUACAGUCACACUUGAUGAUAGUGAACAAUCUAUGGUUUUUAUCGCAGAAACCUGUAAAGUGUACAAGGGCAAAACAACCAAGAACAUUAAUGAACUUGAUGAUGUUAAUGGAAUUCUCCAGGGUAGCACUAACACACAAGAAAAUGAGUCUGUUGAAUUGAAGCAGUUACAAAGCAUCCUACAAUCACAGAGAAUUAUGAAAUGCACAUUUGAUUUGGAAAAGAAUGAGGAAGUGAUCAUUCCAAAUUCACAGAUAAUUGAACAAAGGCCUGUGAAUGAAGCACAGCAAGAAUUAUUGAAUAUGCAAGUGCCUGUUGUUCCUGAUGCGCAGGAACCUGAAUUUGUUAACAGCAGUGAACCAAAUGAUUUGCCUGAAAAUAAGACGAAUGCAAAUAGUUCAAAAAAGAUGAUUGAAAAUGAUGUAAAUGAUGACAGCUCUUUAUCGAUAGAUGAAUUCAAAAAUCACAGAAGAACAAAACGACGCACAAAAAGACUAAGAAACCUGAAAUCAAAACAGAAGAAAACUAAGAUCACAUGCAUUGGAUCAAAUGUGGUUGAUGAUAUCAAUGAGUGGUUUGAUUUGUACAUGAAAUUGAACAAAAACAAUUUUAAGAAACUGCUCAGAAUUGCCAAGAAAAGAAAGAAGGAAAUGCUCAGUCUAGCAAGAACAAAAAUUAGGCAGUAA